CUAGUACAAAAGAAAGUGAAGGAAAUUCAGGAGCAACAUGCUUCUUCAUUUUAUAUUAUCUCUUUAUACAUUUCCUUUUACAAUGGCCUUGGGAACUCUUCAAGGUUCUAACACAAGCGCUAUAGCAAAGCCAAACUGUCCAACCCACUGCGGAAACGUGACAGUUCCUUACCCUUUUGGUAUUGGCAAAGACACGGGUUGUUCCCUUGACGACUCAUUCUAUGUGACUUGUAACACAUCUGACGGAACUCCAAAGUUGUUCCUCGGUUCAACUGAUGAAAUCCAAAUAUACAGCAUAUCAGAUACGGAGUUCCGUAUGCACAAUGGCUUUGCAAAUAGGUGCUACAACCGAAAUGGAACAAUAUCUGAAGAUUAUGAUUGGAGUAUUGAGCUAAGUGCAUUCACUUUCUCUGUAAAGAACAAGUUUACGGUCCUUGGGUGUGAUGAUUAUUCUUUCAUCAGAGGAAGAAAUGGUGAAGAGUUUUCCAGUGCCUGUAUGGGAGUAUGUAGCAAAGCACAGGAUGUGUCUGAUAAUGGGCAGUGCCCAGGAGUGGGCUGUUGCCAGACAUCUAUACCCAAGGGCCUAAACUACUACAAUAUUACCCUUAACUCCUUUCAAAACCACACAGAUGUUUGGUCCUUCAACCGUUGUGGCUUUGCCUUUCUUGGUGAGGAGGGCACUUUUGUGUUUCAGGGCACCAAUGAUUUAUCUCUUGAAGGGGGUGUUUGGGAGAGGAUUGAUGCCACUGUCCCUAUUGUGGUAGAUUGGGUAAUUGCACGGGAGCACACUCGGAAUUGCUCCGAGUCUUCCGCAUGCAAAGAAAACAGUUCCUGCUAUGAGGUAGAAAGCGGCGGGUAUCGUUGUAGAUGCAACAAUGGUUUCGAGGGUAAUCCCUAUCUUGAUCCAGGCUGCCAAGAUAUCAAUGAGUGCGACGAUCCAGGAACCCAUCCUUGCUAUGGUGAUUGCAAAAAUACUCCGGGGAGUUAUAAUUGUACCUGUCCAUCAGGAUCCUUUGGUGAUGCAAAAAUAGAAAAUGGUUGUCAACACCCAAACAAUUCAAAGUUUUCUUCAACGAUUCUCAUUAUAGCACUGGUGUUUGGCCUAUUAGCAAUACUAUCUAGUAUAUUGGGGAUUUUCUAUGGUAUAAGGAGGAGGAAGCUAAUGAAGCUUCGAGAAAAGUUCUUUGAGCAAAAUGGUGGCUUGUUACUAAAAGAAAAGAUCAAAUCACAAGGGUCUCAAGAGGCAAUGACCUUGUUUAGCCUUGCACAACUUCGGAAAGCUAGUAACAACUAUUCUCAGCAGAACAUUAUUGGCCGAGGUGCUUUUGGCGUAGUGUACAAGGGAGUCUUGUCUGAUAAACGUGUAGUUGCAAUAAAGAAGUCAAUAAUAAUGGAUGGGAGCCAAGCAGAGCAAUUCAUAAAUGAAGUCUUGAUCCUUACGCAAGUCAUCCAUCGAAAUGUGGUAAAGCUAUUAGGGUGUUGCCUGGAAGAGGAAAUCCCCGUAUUGGUUUAUGAAUUCAUAUCUAAUAACACUCUUGGCCAUCACAUUCAUUCUAAAGUGGGUGGAAUGAGUUGGUUAUCGUGGGAAAGUCGACUGAGAGUAGCUAUUGAAACUGCUGGUGCACUUGCAUACCUUCAUUCAGAAACUCUUAUGCCAAUCAUACACCGUGAUGUCAAAUCUACCAACAUAUUAUUAGAUGAUAACUACACGGUAAAAAUUUCAGAUUUUGGUGCAUCAAGGUUGAUCCCAUUAGAUCGUGAACAAGUUACGACUCUUGUUCAAGGCACACUAGGGUAUUUGGAUCCUGAGUACUUCAACACAAACAAACUAACCGAGAAAAGUGAUGUAUAUAGUUUUGGAGUGGUUCUUGCAGAACUCAUAACCGGGAAAAAAGUAAUUAGUGCUGAUAGAUCCAAUGAUGAAAAGAGUUUAGCAACAUAUUUUGUCAAUUCAGUUACCGAAAACCGCUUACACGGAAUUAUAGAACCUCGGAUAUUAGAUGAGGCGACUCCUGAGCAGAUACAAGGUGUAGCCGAUUUGGUGAAAAGAUGCCUUAAUUUACAAGGUUGUGACAGACCUACAAUGAAAGAAGUGGUAUUGGAGCUAGGCAACUUGCGGAAAUCGACAACCCAUCCUUGGAUUCAACAACAAACAUGUGAGGAGACUAGAAGUUUAGACCUAGAAGUUGGGCAAUCUGAUCUUUACGAUGUCUCAUUAGUUUCCUAUGGUGGCUCUAAAUCUAGCAACACAUUUAUACAUGUUGUUUGAAGAAAUAAAUCAAUGUUCAAACGUUUUAAUGAAGUUAUAUAAACUUGUCCUUAAGUUUACCUUAUUGUGGUACUUAAAUGUAACAGUUUAUACAAAACUUGUUAAUCUGGUGUAAGAGUUAUUUUUACGUUUUCUUAGUCAUCUUGUAUAAAAUUUCUCUGUAUGUAUUUUCAAUCAUCAGUAAAUCCUGUAAGAUUAAAUA